CUCCCCUCCCCCCUUAUCUCUCCCACCCCCUGCUCCCCCCUACGGCUUGUUCGCCAGUUCCGGUCACGUUGCUGGGUGUUUACGCCUGGAGCCAGCCCCGGACCCCCUCGUCUGCGCCCCGGAGCUGCCCCCCCCCGGCUCGGAGCCCCGGCCCCCCAGCCCCCCAGCCUCGCGGCAGCAGCUGAUGGCGCCGCAGCCCCGGCGGGCGCUGCGGAACCCCGGGCGCAGCUAGCGCUGGCAAGAGCCGCGCCGCCCCCACCCAGCCGGCCCGACCCAGGGCCCCGCCGGCCUGUGGCUCUCUCGGGUCCCCGAAGGUGGGGCCCAGGCCGGGGUUGCCAUGGAUACGGUGUCCCUGGAGCAUCAGAUCCAGAGUGUGCAACGCCACAUCAGCUUCCUGAAAAAGGAGCAGAUGGCCCUGCUGCGGGACCUGCACCUGGAAAUCCUGAGGCUGCAGAAACGCUGCUCAGAACUGACCCAUGAUCUGGAGAUGAGAGAGGCCCAAUCUCACCAGCAAGAGGCGGCUACCCGGGAGCUGGAGGACAAGUGCCGCGCGCUGGAGUCGCAGCUGCAGGCGCGGAGCGCGGCCAACGCCGAGCUGCGGCGGGAGGUGGCGCAGCGCGAGGCACUGGUGUCCGCGCUGCGCUGCAGCCUGCGCGCCGAGGAGCGCCGCUUCCUGGAGGAGCUGCGGCGCCGCAGUCACCGCGCCACCGUGCUGGGCACCGAGCUGCAGAAGCACACCGAGGCGGCCGCCUACCUCUCCUGCCAACUGCACGCGGCGCGCCAGAGACUGCAGAGCCCGCGCCCCGGCGCCGCCACCGAGCCCCGGCCCCGUCGGCGCGCCCCGCGGGCCCGCCGCCAGCCCCCCGCCGCCGCCGAGGCCAGCGCCAAGGGCCCGGGCCGGGACUGGGCUGCCUGGGACCGCGCGGCCGGCGCCCUGGACGACCUCGAAGCCAUGCCCGACCCAGCGCUCUUCCUCUAUGCCCGGCGGCCCCCGCGGCCCAGCGCUCGCAGCCCGCGCCCCCUGCCUCCCCAGGAGCCCCCGGACCAAACCGGCCCGCAGCCUGGGCCCUGCCGGAGCCCCCCGGCAGCGCCCAGAGCCCCUCGUGUGCCCGGGGACCCUGAGUAGGCGCGAGGCCCGCGGAGUGGGGGUGUGGCGGGAAGGGACGCAGCUCGCGAGGCGCUGGCGGGGCCGGGGGCCGAGGGGGGCGGCCUCAGCUUCCCCGCCGGGCCGAUCGCCCCCUGCCUUUUGUAUUCCCCAGCGUUUCCGAAAGCUUCGGGUUCCCGCUGCCUCGAGGCUGCACCUCCUCGGGCUGAGCGAAUGCACUUUUUUUUGUGGCGAGUUCUCGCCGUGCCCAUCCUUAUCUGCUCCCCACCCUGCCGUUGGGAGGUGUGGGCUGGCACGCCCUACCCCGGGGAAAGCUGACAAUCGUUGGGCGGGAAGGGAGGCUGGGAUGCCGCCGAGUGGCACUGAGUACCCCGAGACUUUCAGCUCCCCCUUCCGCCUGCCCCAGCCCCGCACGGCCACCCUUCCCACCGAGCCUGCCUUGGAGGAGAGGCUCCGAACGAACGGAGGCAAGAGGUUUGACCUUUUCCUUGGCAGCAACUUCCUCCUCCCCACCCCACCGAUAGGUCCGUCCAGGUGAGCACCCCACACUUUAGAAGGCACCUUCUCCCAGAGCCCCGGGAGGAAAGGGGCCUCCUGGAAGUUUGCAUUCCUGGUUUGCUGUGGUGCCUGUGGGCUAGUUUGGGGUACAACCGGCUAAGGCUCUGGGACCCCGGGCUCAUUGCAUGGGGAAGAACAUGGGGGUGUCCUUCCCCUCCAAUGUGUUGGAAGACCUGCAGUGCUGAGAUUCAACCUCUGGCUCCCGCAUGCAAAGCAUGUCCUGCCGCCCUUUGAGCUGUCCUCUGCACGCCCAUUGCGGGCGGCCCUUCCCCAAGGCAGCCUGUGUCAACCCCAGAGUGUGGCAGAACCUGGUGGGGGGAACUGUCUGCCGCUGGGUUCUCCGCAGUGGAACCCUCCAAACCCUCCAGCUGCCACAGGAGUCCGUGGGAGCAGGCUGGGAAGCUGCAGUCGGCUCCCAGGGUCCCCGGCCCUGUUUACCGGUGCUAACUCUGCCCAGGUUCCUAAGGAGCUGGCUGCAAGAAGGGCCUGACGGUCUUUGGGAAAGGCCGUGGUAGAUAGAGCAGAGGGUUUUGCUAGGGUUGAGGAGAACUCUUCCACUACAGGAAUUUCCCCCCGCGCCCCCCCCACCAAACUUGACAGUGAGGGUUGGGGGAGGGGCAGUGCCCAUUUGUCUAGGUUGGGGAGUGGAGCGAUGCAAGGUGGGCCUCCCCACCUCUCCCUCCUCCCCAGGACCCCUGUUACUACCAAAGGCCAGAAGUGCUGUGGAAGUGCAGCUUGUCACCCCAGCCCAGAAAGACAGCGCCCUGGUGCACCCGCCACCGCCCCCCAGCCACGCCCUCCCUGCUCUGAGGGUCCUGUAUUACAUCCUAAGUGCCUGUGGGGGCUGUCCAGGGGGGGAAGAGGCCGUCACCUCACAAACCCCCCAUCCUGGCUGGCUGGGCCUGGUGCUCUGUCACCCAGGGCUUGGGGAAGGGAGAAUCUAGAAGGACCCCCUUCUCCUUCACAUACCCAUGAGGAAAAUGCGGGACUGCCCCCGUCAGCACCACUCUUACUCCGUCUGUUAGAGGGAGGGGAACCCCCGCCUGGGGUCUUGGCCGUAGCCCCCCAAGGCCCCUUCCUGCCCAUCUCAGACCUGCCACAGGGUGUGCGGCCCCGGACGCCCUGAUGGCAAAGGUCUGGACACGCAGUACAUUCCUGUCCAACUUGAGCCCCAGUGACGGCCUGGGGUCUUUGCCUACCCCCCCUUCCCUGCCCCUCAGUCUCUGGUCGUGCCUCUGCCGUCUCUGUCCCCAUCCCCCCCAAGUGUGACUUUGUCCCUCUCAUCCUGUCAUGCUCCAUCCUAAUGUAGCCUGUGAAGAGAUCUCCCCUCACCGCUGAGAUCCCUCUGUGGGACUCGGGGGUGGGGUGGAGAGCGGCUCUUCCCUUUCAGAGGCGGCUCCCUAGACCCUCAUCUCUCACAACCACACUUCGUCGGAGGGACAGUGUGACUUGGCGAUGUCAGCCCUUUCAUGAAGAUGGGGGAGUCCUCUGUCCACCUUCCUACCCUCUAAAAGCCAUAGCUGUGCCCUCUUGGUCCCCUCUCAGCUCUAUAGCAAUAGCUGUUGUCCCCUCUCCUGGGAGUACCCUCUUACCCAGCUGGCCCCAGCCAGACCCCCACUCCAGGAGCCUCAGAUGGCCUGCCUGCCUCUCCCCGGUAACCCAUCAGCACUCCCAAAGCCUGUCCCUCUCCCAGAGUCCAGAGAUAAUGACACUUAAUUGUUUGUGGGGUGCUUGGAGAUCCCCCAGAUGAAAGGUACUGAGUGUUGGGGUGGCUGACUCACUGACUCUCAGUUGAGAUGUUGGGGGUGUCUGAAAAAGGAAAUAAAGCAGCCCUGCCCGCUCCUGGGAAUGAAGCAGGGACCUUGCUCCACCCCCAGCCCCCAGCUGGGGACAGAACUUGAAGUGCAGCAUAAUUGAAACUGGAGGCAGCAGGGCCCUUGGCCUCAGCAGCCCCGAACUUUUCAGCCUUAUGAUCUGGGAAUAACUCCACUUGGGGCUCUCGGCCCUCCCUGUCCCCUCGCCUGGAAGGACCUGCCAAAGGAAAGGCCCUCCCAGGCCCUGGACCCUCUGGGGGAACUCGGAUAGGAUUAGCUCUCCCUUUCUCCUCUCUUGUCUACUGAGGAAGCCCCAUGGGGGUACGCAGAUUGACUUGGACACUCAGGGGCCCCAAGGAUGGACAGACCAGAAAGAGAGCUGCAAUGGGCCCCCCCACCCCCACCCACCCAUCCUGGAAGCCAGCAGCUACCUGUGAGCAAUGCCAGCAGGAGAUUCUGUGUCCCCGCCCCUCCCCCCUCCCCCAUAUCUUACCCAUAGAGGCUUCAUGGGGGAGGGAAGGUGGAUGAGGGGCCCGGGACAGCACUAAGCGGCCUGCGGAUGAGGUGCCAGCCCUGCCGGAGGGGACAACGCAGGGCUUCAGAACCAGCGGCACGAGCCCUGCGGGCAGGACAGGAAUCAGCUCCCAGUUCACUGUUGGCUGUGCUUUUUAAUCCAAUGCUUUUCAGAGUGUAUUCACUCACCCACAGAAAUAGAGCCCUUUGCUUUAGGGGUGACUGUCAUAUGCCUUAUUCUUAAUAAAAGAUCUGAAAAAAAAAAA